AUGAAUCUAUCUAAUCUUAAUAAUGAAAUACUCGUGUCCGAAAAUAAACAUCAAUAUAAUCAUACAUAUGAUAUCAAUUUAUCUUCAUUUAUUGAACAAUAUAAAAUAAAUAAACAACCUAAUACUUGUCAUUUAUGUUGUUUAUUUGCAUUGAAAUGUUUUCAUCAAAUUCCAACAUUAAAUUAUUCAAUUAAUUCAAAUAUUCAAUAUAGAGAUGAAAAAAAUUAUAAUGCUAUUUUAUCAUCAAUAGAUAUAUGGAAAGAUGAUAUUAAUAAAAAUAAUUCACUUAAACAAAAUCAUUCUCCACUAUAUGAUAUUCCAUUAUGUUUUCAUAAUAAUUUUUCAUUAAAUUAUAAAGAAAAUUCAUCAAGAAAAAAUUUCGAAAAUGAAAAAUUAUUAGAGCCUAUUAAGAAAAUCUUAUCAUCACAUCGAUCAUAUGAAAGUCUUCUUCGCCAUUUACCAAGUCCACCAAAAACUCGAUUUAGUCGAAGAUCAUCGAACGAUAGUAAUAUUAUCGAACCAAUUACAUUAAUUGAUGAUUUACAAAAAAUUCUUUGCUACUUUAAUCACAUAUAUCUCUUUUCUAAACUACAGAAUAAUGAUUCUUUUGUACCUUUCUCAUCAUCAUCAUCAUCAUCUAUCGAUGUAAAUUAUUCUCCAAGUAAAAAACUGAAAUUAAUGAAUGAAGAAAUGUUAAUCGAAAAACUUUCUACGCCACAUCAUCAAUCAAAUGAAAAAUCAAUAUUAAUUGACAAUAAAUUAAUAAAAUCUAAAAAUGAACAUCAUUUGUCAUCACAAAUAACAAUUAAUCAAUUAAUAAAAGAUAUUAAUACAAAUAUUGAAACAAGUAUUGAAUCAACAUCGAAAAUAUUAGUAAAAUCUAAAACAAAUCCUAAAUCUCAAUCAAAAUAUUUUUCUUAUGAAAAUAAACUUAAAAAAUCUCAUUCAAUAACAUUACAUAAUAAAAAUCAUUUAAAAUAUUCAUCAUUUCCAACUGUACCAAAAUGUUUUAAUGAAUAUUUUCAAAUAAAUUUUAAUUCAUUAUUAAAUAAAAAACUAUCGAAAUUGUCUAAAAAAUAUUUUCAAUUAAAUAUAUUUGAUUCAAAUUUAUUUCAAUGGCAAAUAUUUAAUUCAAAUCAAUAUGAAAAUUAUUUUUGUCGAAAAAAUUCUUUAUUACUAUUUCAUAAUAAUAAUAAUAAAUCUUCUAUAGAAAUAUUUAUAAAUUCUAUUCAAUCUCAACGUCAACAUGUACCUUCAGAAUAUUCAUCAUGGAAUAUAUUCUUUCCUAAUUAUCAUCCAAUAAAAUUUUCAUUAAAAAAUUCCAAUUCAAAUGAAAAUAGAAAUGUUAAAAAUCCUUAUGGACGUACAGGUUUAAUUGGUCAAAGUCUAUUAGAAAACUUUGGUCCUAAUCGUUAUAUAAUAUCAUUAAUAAUUACAGAAAAAAAUCAUAAUAAAUAUAUUUUAUUAAAUGAUGCAUGGAUUGAAGUUCAAAUUGUUCUUAUUAAAAAUUCUUAUCAAUAUUUUCAUAAAAAAACUUGGUUUUUAAUUCAAUAUUUACAUAAAUUAAAUAAUAUUGAAUAUUUCGAUUUUAAUUUAAUUCAAUUUUAUACAUAG